CGGGGCGUGCGCUCAGCCUGCUUCCUCAUUCGAACAGUACUCAAACCAGGCGAAGCAAAAAGCUUCGAAUUUGUGAAAAAACAAGAAAGGAAAUAAGCCAUAAUAAUUUUUGGCAUUAGUCUCUCCUAUUGCUGGGCUUUUUAUCUCGGGAAAAAUGGCAGAUCCCUGGCAAGAAUGUAUGGAUUAUGCAGUUGGUUUAGCAAGGAAAGCUGGGGAGAUAAUCCGUGGAGCACUCAAAGAAGAAAUAUCUGUUAUGACUAAAAGUUCACCUGUAGAUCUAGUGACAGAAACUGAUCAAAAAGUAGAAAACUUCAUUAUUUCUUUGAUAAAAGAGAAGUAUCCUUCUCACAGCUUUAUAGGAGAAGAAUCUGUUGCAGCUGGAGAGGGCAGCAUUCUGACAGAUAACCCCACAUGGAUUAUAGACCCUAUUGAUGGAACUACCAACUUUGUACACAGGUUUCCAUUUGUGGCAGUUUCAAUUGGCUUUGUUGUAAACAAAAAGAUAGAGUUUGGAAUUGUGUAUAGCUGUAUAGAAGACAAGAUGUAUACUGCCAGAAAAGGAAAAGGUGCAUUUUGCAAUGGUCAGAAACUUCAAGUAUCAGGCCAAGAAGACAUUACAAAAUCCCUUUUAGUAACAGAAUUGGGGUCAAAUCGUGAUCCAGAGGCUAUAAAAAUAAUUCUUUCUAAUAUGGAAAGACUUCUCAGCAUUCCUAUUCAUGGGAUUAGAGCUGUUGGUACAGCAGCUGUGAACAUGUGCCUUGUGGCAACUGGUGGAGCUGAUGCCUAUUACGAAAUGGGGAUUCACUGCUGGGAUAUGGCAGGAGCUGGAAUAAUUAUUACUGAAGCCGGUGGAGUACUGCUGGAUGUAACAGGUGGACCGUUUGAUUUGAUGUCCCGAAGAAUAAUUGCAGCAAGUAGUCGAGCUAUUGGAGAGAGAAUAGCCAAAGCACUUCAAGUAAUUCCUCUGAAAAGAGAUGAUGCAACCAACUGAGCACCAAAGCUGCACCAUAAAUGUCCUUAUCUAAUGUUGUCUUAUAUUCCCACAUGGUGGUCGUUCUACACCUUGAAUAGAUGGUAGUGUAUCAGUACUGGUGUGGCUGCUAAGUAGAGCUUUGAGAUUGAACAACAUUCUAAGUGAGCUUUAACUGUUGAGCUUUUAUUUAGCAUCACAAUUAGAUAAAAAUCUGGAAAAAUAAGCAAAUAUAUGCAGCUAGUAUUUUCAAAUUUUAUACAACACUGGAACACAUAGCAAGAGACUCUGAUGUAUAGAUAAAUAAAGCUCUCGAGUUUCUGUAAGUGACAAAACCAAAACCCACUGUUGUAACACCGCAUCAUCACAUUUGAUUCUGAACCC